GGGCACGGGAAGUUGUAUCCCACUCUGUUUCGUUGGUACCAUCCGCCACGGCAUCGGACAUACUACGUCUUCGCCCACAUUCAGCACAACAUGCCGCGCCAGACGUACACAGUCACUGAGCUGCUGGCUCUUCGCGCGAAUCAGGCCUCGGGCAAGAUCCUAGCCAUGGCAGCAAACCCCGAGAUUGCUGAUAUUGUUCGCCGUUCUGGAAGCGAGUCUUCUUCCGGCUCCAGUUGCAGACCGGUGAAUGGCAGGCACAAGAAAGACGAUUCAUCCGUAACCUCGGAAGAACUCGUGUACAAGGGUACUGUGAACCGCCGCAUGGGCCGUGAGCUUGCUCGAGAAGUCUCCUCCAUGCGACUUCCUACCCGGCACACCGCGAAAGAGCAUGCCCGGGUCAGUUCGCAAGACCCAGCCAGGGACUCAGAUCAUGGGCCUUCUCACCUGGCGGAAUGGAAGUAUCGCGGUAGGAGCGUGACGGAGGCCGCCACCGCAGAACCAAUUCCUGCACCUACUGGGGCCACAGCUCAGCGAGACGAAGGUUUCCAGCGCUUCAGGAAGGCCGUCGUCUCCCCCCCGCAUGUUCGAGUGACAGCGGGUGGUCGCAUUGUCCCGAAUACCCGCGGCCCGCUGUCUCCCACCUCCAAGAGGUCCAGCGAGCACAGCGCCCUGGACAAUCAGAGCCUGUCUGAUAAAGCAGUGCCCAGCAAGCCACAGCUCGCCCCGAUUGGUAUUCCCCAGCCGGUUCCAAUUAUGCCGCAGCUUGUGACCGGAUAUCCCCCUGGGUUCCAGCCGAUCCAGGCGCCGGUCUCGUUUGUGCCCAUGGCGUUUGGAACCCCUUUGCCUCAUCCUUUCUCUUUCGCCCAUCCUACCAUCAGCGCGCCUACCAUGGCACCACGUGCGCCAGAUAAUGCGCCAAAGGACAUGCACAACGAGAAUUCAGUGCAUGUUCGAAGCGACAACUAUGCGGCGGACGACAAGCAAGGCAACGCCAACAAGAUGCCCGAGCCCUUUGACAGCUCCAGGGCAUUCUUCUACAACGGUCAGCUCAUGUACCCAGCUGGACCAUUUUCGGCGCCCCUCACCAAUCCGAUGGUCCCCGUCCAAAUGCUGGGCAUCCCGCAGGGUCUUGCACCAGUCCCGGGACAGUUCAUGCAGCCUCAGCCUGCUUCGACCUCGUCUGCGGCUGCUGGACCGUCAUACGCACCAUCUAACUCCAGCCUCUCUGGAAUUCCACCGGUUGUCAACCACAUUGUCCCAGCUAAUGCCAACUUCAAUGCGGGUGCCGCGCCCCCGAUCUCGUCAAUCAAACUCAGCGACAUCACCAAGAAGCAGAUUGCCUCGUUCAAGCAGAAUCUCAAGUACCACGAAGAUCAGCUCCAGUACAAUCGGCACCAGAUUGACGAGAGGGAUAUGGAGAACAGAAUCCAAAUCCUCAAGGGCCACAUCCAGAGAUUUGAGGCAACCCUGAAGGCCCAGCUCGAAUAUGAGGAAGCGCACCGCAAGGCCACCCAGGGCAAGGGGGAUAACAAACCAUCCCAACCCGACGUGGCCAUGGAGACCAACAAACCUCCGUCCCAGUCGACGGCACCGGCUGAACACAAAGCCUCGGAUGCUCAGAACAAGCAGACAGAUGAGUCAUUUCGCCGGAGAAUUGAGCUUGCCAGCCACGGACUCAAGCACUACGACUCACUUAGAAGCCUUCCGGACCAAGCGUAUUUCGGCAUCAACGGCUUGUCCAAUGGGCAGUCCCUCCCAAGCGAGGCGGCUCUGGCUCCCGUCUUCCAGCCCCGUGGCUAUGCUUCGACCUGGACGGGCAGUAAGUAUGCCAGGGAGAUGAAGGCCUACGAAGAUGCAGAAAAGAGGCUGGCUGCCGCGCAGUCCAAGAGCAUGGAGCACAUGCACAUGGGCGAGCAGCGAUCGGUGUCGCAGCCGUUUGCGGCGGCACUCGGAGCUACAGCGCCACGUGCCCAGAGCAACAGCGAUGAUGCUUCCGAGAAAGCAAGCCGGCCUGGCAAGGAUGCCAAUGCAGCGAGGAAGAGGAAAUCCAACUAUGGCGUGCCGUACUUGCUCGGCACUCUUCCCAAAGGCGUCGAUCCUCGCACUGCCAGAGACCAGGAUUAUGUUUACAAACGGCCGCUGACCGAUGACGAGCGUCGUGCUCGGUUUCUGUACUGGGGCAAGGCACCCAAAUCGGCUGUCAAAGGCUUGCCCAAGUUCGAUGGGAAGCAUUUCUACCCGCCCUCACCUGUCAAAGAGAAGUCGCCUCAGCCUGCUCGGCAUCCUGACAAUCGCGCGUCGGAAUCGAGCUGCGACCCGUUCAGGCCCGUAACUCCUGUGCAGGCUUGUGAGGCCAAUGACUCGACGGCCACCGAAGAGAACCGCAGACUCACUAGGACUAUCUCCUUUGAAACACAGGUCAACAGCGGCUCGGAAGACUUCAUUAAUGCCGGGAGCAGCAGGAAGACCCGUGAAGGGAGCAUGGAUGGUGACUCCGUUGGCUCUGCUGAUCGGCGCGGGGAGAACUCAAGUGGGAAGCUCUGGGAGACGGUUCUAAAGAAAGGCGCGACCAGCAGCGCUUUGUCUUCGACCACAGCUCAAGGCUUGUUGCCGCACUACACAGGACACGCUGCGGCAUCCCUCGGCCCGUCACUCACACCCAACCAGGCAAGCUCAUCCAGGGAGGUCACACCGGGCAAGAUGUCUGAUGUUCACGAUCUGAGCGGGAAUGGUGGCGCGCGUCUCUCGGCUACUCCGGGACAGCACGGAGAGAACCGCCCUCCGAACAGCGUGGACUCGCUGGAUAACAAGUUCAAGAAUCUCGCUCUUGACAUUGCCAGCCGUGGGAACCUGACUUCAGCCUUCAGUAUGUGAAGAGCUGGACAUUGUUGACGGAGUGACACGGAUUUCAAUAAUUGUGUCGGCAUAAUCGCAUCCUUACAA